AUGCCCGGGCCUGAACCACACGAACCUCUCUCUUCCACCUCCACUCGAUCUCGCUCCGAUAUUCCUUCGUCCUCACCGGAACCCGCGGACGCAGAAAUGGCGGAUGUGGCCCCUCCAGAGCCUGAAGCUCAACCCCAAGAAUCGGCCAGUAUCGUUGAAGAAGAACCUCCGGCGGAGGUACAAGACAACUUGGUGGUUCCGGAACCGGCACCUACUGAGGAAGAAGGAACAGCAGCAGUAGAAGCAGAAGUCCCCAGCGAAGACCCCAGUUCGACGCCUCCCCCGCCACCCGAGCCUCGCAACAACAUCCCAGAAUGGGUAAACUUUGAAGAAGACUGGUCAAAGCCAAGUGACGAGGAGAUGGAAGAGCUGAGGCUGAGAGAAUCUAGGGGUACAGAGCUGAAUGCACUGGACGUUCCCGGUAUGGAGAAGCGCAUCUAUUCAAAUGUGGACAUCCCAGACACGCGGCCGAUCAAGAAGUUGCGCCUCAGCUGGGUCAUCAAGGGAGUUAGAGGGACCAAGGAUAGACCAAACCAUUCCAGAGUCAUGGUUUCACCCCCUGCUGUUGUGGAUGGGAACUAUUGGCAAAUCAAAUUUUACCCGCGUGGCCAUACCUCUACAUCUUACAGUGCUUACAUCAAAUGCAGCAGAAGACCUCCAAAACCGGACACCAAAUCCUCUGAAAGCACAUUCUCAUUCUUCGAAGGGCCUCCAGAUGCGGAUUUUGGCAGUGGCGCCGUUCCAACUAUGACUCUCAAAACCGAACGGACCGUGAAGAAAGACGACCAUUCUUCAACCACACCCUCCACAGCCUCUGCCGGCCAAAAACAAGACAACCAACCACCUUCCGAAGGAGGAAGUCCCAGUGUCCCUGAUCCUGGCCAUGAUGAGGUGCUAGACGUGCAGACGACUUCAGACACCGGAGACGGGGAUUGGCGGCUGUCUGCCCAGCUUGGUGUGGUGAUGUACAACCCCGAAGAGCCACGUACUUGUGCGUAUGCCUCCACUGAAGGUCAAUUCUCCAAGUAUGUGGAUGACUGGGGCUGGUCGAGUGUCGCAGGCCCUUGGAGAGAGGCACACCUCCGGCAGCACUUGCAAAGAGCACCGCUCUUACAGAACGACACUAUUGCAAUUGACGCCUACAUCCGCAUUUUCAAUGACCCGACGAAGGCCUUGUGGUGGCGGAGCUCUGAUGCCGAACCUCACUGGGACUCGAAAUCGCUGGCAGGGUAUUUCCCCAUGGGAACUCCUCCACUCUACCAUAGCCCUGCCGUGGCAGGGAUGACCGCGUGGCUUCUUUUGGCCCCUUUUCGCAAGCUGCUGCAGCGCGUCGACACCGGGAGCUGGCGACAUAAUUCCCAAGUCCGACCAAAGCCAUUCAUCGCGCAACUCCAAAUGAUACUCUUUCUGAUGCGGACGUCAAGGAAAGAACGUGAAACUUAUGUGGACUUGUACCCUGCGAUCCAGGCCAUGAAAGAUGUUGGAGAAGAAUACACUGAUGUUCACACCUUCUGGGAAGCCUUUCGACGGACGAUCGAACUUGAAUUGGAUGACGAUGAAGAAAGCUUGAGAUCCCUGAGAGCAAUCUUUGAUGGUCCAAGCGGCCCAAUUUCAUUGCCGCCAUUGCCCGUGGAGAACGUGCUCGAUGUCCAGCAAACACUAACCCGUACUUUGAGGGACUUGAAUUUCAAAGGAUGUCUUCCCGAUUUUUUGCCUCUUUUGCUCGCACGGGACAAGUUUGACAAGACCACCCGCGAAUGGAGGCUACUAUAUGACCGUGUGAUCUUGAACGAUGAAAUCGAUGUUUCGGAAUUCAGUACCAGCGAAGGUGGCAAAUACACCCUUUAUGGAUUCAUGGCCCAUGCUGGCGUAAGGAAUUCGGGGAAAUUUUACACGGUUUUGCGGCCGAAUGGACCUAACGCAAUGUGGCUGGCUUUUGAGGACGGUGAUGGUAACCAGGUGUUUUCCUACAACCGGAAGAUAAUACAAGCAUUUGAAGGACUCGAAGGACAGGCUCUGAAGGAUUUCAACUCAACCCGAACAACUGCUUAUAUGGCAAUGUACAUCAAGACGAGCUGCUUGGCUGACUAUCUGCCCGGAGGUCUGGAACCGUAUCAACUCCCGAAAUGGCUCGCGCCGUACCUGGAUUCUUCGUAUCAGGAGGCGCAUGGAAACUUUACAGAAGAUGCCACCGAUGGGGACUUGCAAGAAAUCAGCAUUGAGGUCUACUCCGACGAAGGCAUCACCGGCCGGGAAGGCCUGCUGGACAUGUACAACAUCAAACAACAAUCUCGACACAAAGGCAUGUUUCAUCUGCUGAGCUCGCCGAGAUGUGCAACCUAUCAGGAUCUGAGGCAACGCCUUGCCGCAAAGCUUGGAAUUAGUGAUCCUCAGACGAUUCGACUUUUUGGGAUGGGUUACAGUGGCAUUGGACAUUAUGCAACUGCUCAACUGGUCAACGUUCACCUCACCGAGGCGAUAGGCAAUGGCUGUUUUCCAGGUCAGCCGUUAUGCUUGUGGAUGUCGGUACUCAGCAAGGAUGAGGUUGAAUUGUUUGGGGAGCCAGACAAAACGAACGAUCCAGUGGAUUCGGAUCUCUUACGCUCAAGCAGCCAGACUUCGGAUUCAGCCAGUGUCGCCAACGAGAACGAAGAACAGGUUGCUGCUCCUGAUGCCGAGCAAGCUUCAGUUCGAGCAGCUGUUGAGGCUGACAUUGACCGCGUCGCAAACACCAGACAACAACCAUCCGCUGUGGCCGUGGAAGUUAAUGACCAAGACACGCCCAUGCAGCUCGAGAUCCCGCCUCCAACCGCCGAAGAAAGCUUGACUGCGAAUGUGCCUCAUGGUCAUCUUAUUGACGCGGCAGCACAUGUCGAUGUGACAAGUCUGCUAGUCAAUGCUGAGACGGCACUCACGUCAGCACCGGGACUGUCGACACUGUCUCAAGCCGAAGAAUCCUUGAUUGCUGCAGUCAUCUCCGAGGACUCUGAAGCCAUGGAUUUUGUGAUGAACUCCGGAUCUGCUUCCACCGACCAUUCGGCCUCGCAAUCCAGCGAAUCGUCGCAGUCUUCGUCACCACCCCCUGAAAAGCAAGGCCCGGUUGAUAACAUCUACGGCUUUCUCCAGAUGUUCGACGUCGACACGCAGACUUUCCGUGUCCAGGGAACAUUCUUUGCCAGGUCCGAAGAAAAGGUGAGAGACUUUGUGCAGAGACGCUUUGGAUAUGGGCCGGACAAGCAAUUUAUCGCCUGGCGUCGACAUUCAACCGUCGAUGGAAGCAUUGUGGGGUCCGAGGAUACAUUCUUGGACCCCAGGUUUGUCAACGGUUGUGAUCUUGUCGUUUACGAGCCGGUGUCCGAAACUCGCGUGAAGGAGCUUGAGAAAGAAGGCAAAUUCGCUACACCCCACGAGCUCUCGACCUACCUGCGGAUGGUGGAGCGACGACAUCCCAUACAAUCCGUGACAACCACCGAGCCUGUCGAGCUUGCGGUUUUUGGAACCGACUACUACAAAGGACCUCUGGUCAAUGGGCUCUGUCACGGGGCCAGGUGUUUCAGCAUCAGCUCCACCGGCAAUAUCUACGAAGGACCACUUGUCUGUAACGUCAAAUGCGGCAAAGGAGGCAAGAUGACGUAUUGCAACGGCGACACCUACGAAGGGGAAUGGUACCAGGAUGAACGUCACGGCCAAGGGACUUUUGUGGAAGCCAGAACGGGGAACAAGUACGUCGGCGGCUUUGAGAACGGCAAGCGCUGGGGAAUGGGAACCACGUACUGGCAGGUCGCGGAUGAGCAAGCGGACUUGUGCCAGAUCUGCUACGGCAACGAGAUCGACGCAUUGUUCUUCGACUGUGGCCACGUGUGUGCUUGUGUUGAGUGCGCCAGACAGUGUGAGCUCUGCCCCAUUUGCCGGAAGACGGUGAAACAGGUGGUCAAGAUGUUUCGAGCUUGA